CAACUCUAAACCAAAACGGUUUUGGGUUGGAGGGAGGGUUUUAGGGGGGGAGUGGGGGAGAAGCCCACAGGAAUGGAGGUAGCCACGGACCAGCCGCGCUGGAUGGCCCAUCACGCCGUACUGAACGGGCAGCACCCGGAGACCCAUCACCCGGGACUGGCUCAUAACUAUAUGGAACCAGCGCAGCUCCUACCUCCGGACGAAGUGGAUGUCUUCUUCAAUCAUCUGGACUCCCAAGGCAACCCGUACUAUGCCAACUCGGCCCAUGCCAGAGCCAGAGUUUCCUACAGCCAGGCGCACGCCCGCCUCACCGGGAGCCAAAUGUGCCGGCCUCACUUGCUCCACAGCCCCGGCCUGCCCUGGCUGGACAGCAGCAAAGCGGCUCUGUCGGCGGCGCACCAUCACAACCCGUGGACGGUGAACCCUUUCACCAAGGGGCCCUUGCAUCCUUCGGCGGCCGGCGCGCCGCCCGGCGCCAUCUCGGUGUACCCCGGCGGCGGCAGCUCGGCGUCGAGCGCGGCCUCCGCCUCGUCGCUCACGCCGGCCUCGCACUCGGGCUCGCACCUCUUCGGCUUCCCGCCCACGCCGCCCAAGGAAGUCUCCCCGGACCCCAACGCCGGCAGCAGCGCCGCCUCGCCCGCCUCGGCCUCGGCCGGCCGGCAAGACGACAAGGAGCCGCUCAAGUACCAGGUGUCUCUGGCCGACGGCAUGAAGAUGGAGAGCGCCAGCCCGCUGCGCAGCAGCCUCGCCGCCUCCAUGGGCGCGCAGCCCUCCACGCACCACCCCAUCCCCACCUACCCUUCCUACGUGCCCGCCGCCCACGACUACGGCGGCAGCCUCUUCCACCCGGGGAGCUUCCUCGGGGGGCCCGCCUCCAGCUUCACCCCCAAGCAGAGAAGCAAAGCCCGGUCCUGCUCAGAAAGAAAUCCGGUUUCUUCGUGUUUCCAUUUAGAAGGCAGAGAGUGUGUCAACUGUGGAGCUACUGCCACCCCUCUCUGGAGAAGAGACGGUACUGGGCAUUACCUGUGUAACGCCUGUGGGCUCUACCACAAAAUGAACGGUCAAAACCGACCUCUCAUUAAACCUAAACGGAGACUGUCAGCAGCUAGGAGAGCAGGAACUUGUUGUGCCAACUGCCAAACAACCACCACCACCUUAUGGCGACGUAAUGCGAAUGGGGACCCAGUGUGCAAUGCCUGUGGAUUGUACUAUAAAUUGCACAAUGUGAACAGGCCUUUGACCAUGAAGAAGGAAGGAAUUCAGACCAGAAAUAGAAAAAUGUCUAACAAGUCGAAGAAGAGCAAGAAAGGCUCUGAAUGUUUUGAGGAACUUUCCAAGUGCAUGCAGGAGAAAUCUUCUCCGUUCAGUGCUGCUGCCCUUGCCAGUCACAUGACACCGAUGGGGCAUUUGCCACCUUUCAGCCACUCUGGACAUAUCCUGCCAACGCCUACCCCCAUUCACCCAUCUUCCAGCAUCUCAUUUGGACAUCCACAUCCAUCCAGCAUGGUCACAGCCAUGGGAUAGAAUCUGAAGAUCCUAACAGAGAACUUGAAAACACUGGGCUUUGCCUAUAAGAGACAGCGAGGGAAAAAAUCUGCCCAGAGGAGAGAAUGUAGGGAAGGAAGAGGAACGAAAGGGGAUCUCAUUCCAGUGUGGUUCAACUCCUAGCGCUAGACUAAAAGUUUGCAGUGAUGGGUCUUCUGCAGAAAUGCUUAAUGGUGCCUGUUAUGCACUUUGCCCCCUCAGGUAAAUGGAGAAAGAGGAACUCACCUGUUUGAAAUGAUACCUUCUGGUCCCAGCAGAAAGAAAAGGUGGCUGAAGCAGUCGAAGAAGCUGGAGCCAGCUUUCCUUUCUCUUUGUUAAUUACUGUGAAUAUUGUAAAGAGAUUAGCAGCCUCCCAAGGCAAGAGGAAGCUCAGUGGUAGCCGCCCAUGCUGGAUUUCUAUCACAGACUUUGUGUUCAGGGGAGGAAAAAUGGACAACUUUAUUAAAAAAAAAAUCUACUUUUUAAGAAAAGAAAUCAGAUACAGGAAAAAAAAAUCAUUAUUUAUUUUGCUCUUGUGUUCCAGAAAGAGCUUCAAAACUCUUGCAUGUUCUUGUGGAUCUUAUUUUAUUUUUUUAUUUUGUUUAAAGAAACAUCCACCCAGGUAAAGUUUUUUUUU